UGCAUCUACGACUUCAGCUGGUAUAACAACAAUUGAUACUAAUGCAUCUACGACUUCAGCUGGUAUAACAACAAUUGAUACUAUUGCAUCUACGACUUCAGCUGGUAUAACAACAAUUGAUACUAGUGAAACUACGACAUCAACUGACGUAACAACAAUUUUAAGUAGUGAAACGAUGACGCCUCAUGGUAUAACAGCAGUUGACAAUGGUGAAACUACGACCUCAAGUGAUGAAACAACAAUUGAUCCUGGUGAAUCAACGACUUCAUCUGAUAUAACGACAAUCGAUAUAAGAACAUCUAAGGCUUCACUUGUUAUAACAGCAGUUGGCACUGGUGCAUCAACGACUUCAGCUGAUACAUUAGCAACUGGCAGUGAUGCUACGACGUCAGCAGAUAUAACAAAAUUUGACACUGGUGCAUCCACGACUUCAACUUAUUUGACAAAAAAUGACACUGCAGUAUCUUCGACAUCAACUGAUAUCACAACGAUUGACAAUGGAGUAUCUUCUACUAUCAAAUCUACUACAAAUCCAACAUUUGAUGUUUCAAGUACAACUGAACUAUUAUUAAACUAUUCUCCGACCAUUUCAACUUCUCCGGCAUAUAGCUGUAACAAUGUUAACGACUGCAGUGGACAUGGUUAUUGUGUAGGCCCUGACAUGUGCAAAUGCCACAAUGGAUUUACUGGUCGCAGGUGCAAGCGAUGUAGAAAGAAUAGAUUCGGACCCAGCUGCUCAAAAUGCAAGGAUUGCAAAGAAGGAAGAUGCAAUGAGACCACAGGAAGAUGUGAUAUAAUUACAACUACUACCGACGUCAUGGAUAGAACUACUUCACAAACAAGAUCUGCCCAUAAUACAUCUACAAAUUUAACUGAUACAACAUCAGUAACUGGAGAAUCUACGACUUUGACUGAUUUAACAACAAUAGAUAAUGAUGAAUCUACGAUUACAAGUAAUAUACCAACAGCAAAUGAAACCACGACUGACACUGAGCCAACGACAGCCUCAGCUGAUGAUACAACAAUUGACACUGGUGCAUAUACGAUUUCAACUGAAAUAACAGCAAUAGAUACAUCUGGUACAUCUACGACUUCCAUGGAUAAAACAACAAUUCCUAAUUUAACUGUUAAAUCUAUGACUUCAAAUGAUAAAAUGACAACUCCUGCUAUUGAAUCUACAACUUUAGGUAGUACAAUAACUGAAACUGGUGAAUCUACUUCUCCGAAUUAUAAUACUAUAAUCAAAACUGUUGGAUCUUCUACUUCAAAUGAUAUUAUCACAACAGACGUUGGUGAAUAUAUGACUUCAAAUGAUAUAAUAACUGAAACUGUUGAUUUUACUUCUUCCGAUGAUAUAAUAACAAAUGACAUCGGUAGAUCUUCUACACCAAAUGAUGUAACAACAAUU